AUGGCGCGCGAGUUGAUCAAUACGAAAAGAGAAAACCGUCGACCACCGGCUAUUCUGUCAAGUGGAAAUCGUCUAACUCUGUACUUCAAGGCUCACGAUUUUACGCAAACGGUUGGCUUCCGCGCUCGCUACGAAUUCGUAGAUGAGAAGGAGUGGUCAGAUAGACCAAAUGCCAGAGACUGCGAUGAAUUUCUCGAAGGCUAUGGCGGAGAGAUCAAAUUGGAUGGCAAUCAACAAUUAAUCAACACAUAUGUGGAUUGUAUCUGGAUCAUCGGACGCUUUCCACACAUGGCUCGGACCUUUGAUAGGAUAUAUUUGAAGAUUGAGGAGUUCCACAUGAAGGGAGUCGGACUAAGGUUGGAGAUUCGAGAAGGUGCCUCGUCUACGUCCGAUCGCUUGCUGCUUCUGUUCGAUUCACAAACACGGGAUCAGGUCCAACAUAAACAGCCUCGGCACGGUUUCGCAACGACCUCUUCGUCACCUGCCUUCUAUAUACGACUUCGGGGAUAUCUCAUGGGGAGUAGCGGUUUGGAAAUCGUCUACACUCAGUUCUAUCGUUGGGCUACUGCUCUCUGCCCAGGGAUUGGAGAAUUUCACUGUGACAACGCACGCUGCAUUAAGGCAACACUUCGUUGCGACGGAAUCAAUCACUGUGGUGACGGCAGCGACGAACAUUGCCAACGUCCCAUUUCCGACUUCAAACAGCCUGAUGCUGAUGUGUCCGGAUUGAUAGCGCUGGUGAUUGGUGUGUGCGGUCUGAUUCUACUGAUAAUCUCAACAACAGCUGUCAUGGGUCGCUUCUAUCGUCGACGACUUGCCGCACAACUAAGCGGCACCGAUCUGUCUGGACGUACGUUUAUCAUACAUUUGCAAGAUUCACAAGCAUUUCAUAAUUCGAAGAAAUCGUCCCCGGGAAUUCCUGCAUUCCUUACCAACUACUAG